AGUCAUCCUUACAAUCCUCCAGACAAGCCACCCUCCACCAUGUGUCACACCAGCUGCUCUUCAGGGUGCCAGCCCUCCUGCUGUGUGUCCAGCCCCUGCCAGCCCUCCUGCUGUGUGUCCAGCCCCUGCCAGUCAUCCUGCUGCAGGCCUGCUAUAUGCAUUCCUGUGAGAUACCAGAUAGCCUGCUGUGUGCCUGUGAGCUGCAGGCCCACUGUGUGCAUGGCUCCCUCAUGCCAGUCCUCUGUGUGUGUACCCGUGAGCUGCCGACCAGUCUGUGUGACCUCCUCCUGUCAGUCAUCUGGGUGCUGCCAGCCCUCCUGCCCCACCCUCGUCUGCAGGCCUGUCACCUGUAGCACCCCUUCCUGCUGUUGACCAGUGUCUCAAAAUCAGCUGUAAAUGGGACUCGGCUCUCCUCCCCUAGCUCCUGUCCAAUGGCUGCUGGUUCAGCAUGAGGCAGUUAGGAAGCCCUUCUGCCCACCCUGAGACUCUGUGAGAAGAACAUGGAAGAAUUAUUUGGAUUCCCCUCUCCUUGCCCUCUGGAAGGGCCCCCUGGCUCUAGGGAUGUCUCUUGACUUUUAGUGCCAAAUAAACCAGUUUCACCAGUUCAUCU